AAUAUAUAAAGAGGAAAAAACAUCAUUUACCCUCAUUGCUCCUCAGGUUUCUGGGAAGUCACAGAACAAGGGACAGAGUGAGAAAACAAAGAGUGCUUGUUGGAAAAAGGAGAUUUCAAGAAGAUCAUGAUGAGAGUUUAUGUAGCUCUGGUUGCAUUCUUCUCCUUCAUAUCUUGGACUUCCUCUCAUAUUGUUCAUUACACAAGUUCAGGGGGAGUAUGUACAAAUACUUGUGGGUAUCAUGAUUAUAAAUACACCUGGUGCCAGCAAAAGGGCGGCAGUGGACAUGGUUGGGAUUAUUGUUCCUUACAAGAAGGCUUGGCUGUUUCUGGUGAGAAAUGUGACUCCCCUUGUGAUUUAUGGGGAGGUUCCUAUCGCUAUUGUUACUUCAGAAAUGGAAAAUGGAACUACUGUGGCACUCUAUCAGAAUGGGAUUCCUUUGAAUAUUCACUGAAAAACAACUCGUGUAAGAACAGCUGCCAAAUAACCAAAGCACAUUUCCAAUGUGAGACUGUUCAUGGACUUGAACCCUGCUCUCCAUUCCGAGAUGUAACUCCCACAGGCUUGCCCUGCCACAUUAACUAUCAAUGUGCCAAAUAUGGUUGUUCAGCCUAUCACUGUCAAACGGGCAAGGGUGAAGAUGACUGGGAUCUCUGUAGACCAAAGAACAAUGAUGGGUGCAUAUGGAAAGUUUCUGUCACAAAUACUUCUCUGGCAGAGAUUUGUACACUUGUUUAUUCCCAAAAGAAAAGUAAUAUCUUUUUCCGCAGAGAAAUGCAAACAAAAAUAGUCAGUCCUACAAAAGAGCAAUUCAAAGAUGCUGUUCAUUUGAUUGCUAAUUUAAAUACCAUCAGAAAUUUUUCUGACUCUGACACUCUGUCAGAAAUGUAUUUCUAUAAGGAAAGUAUCUUGUGCAAUGGCAUCAAUUAUACCAGUGUAAAACUGUGGCUUGAUAAUUACACAAAUAAGACUAUUGCACAUGUUAUUUUUUCAGAGAUCCUGAGCAUAAUUAAGGUGUUGCGUUUAGCAUUUUAUACCAGCCUCCAUAGUGCCUUUUAUUCACCUGCCUAUACUAUUAUUGUAUCAGUUGGUGAACCAAUGUUAUGUUCCAUUGAUUACUAAUUUAUCCAUCCAACUUGUUGUACCAAUACAUUAUUGCUUUCUAUUAUAUCUGUUUUGAGUGAGCCUAAUACUUAUUGCUUCUUAUUACUUUAUAAGUAAUUCUAAAUCUUUUAAUGUUUUGUGUGAAAUCCAAACAAAUUGUCUUUUGAUCACAAUACCAUUUUCAUGGAAUUAAUGCUAAUAAAUAUCAUUUUGAAUGACACUAUAUCUGUGAGAUUUUUCUGCAUUUGUAUACUAUUUGUAAUCUUCCAUAAUUAUAUGUGAUAAUCUAUGCAGUUAAUAAAAUAUGCUCUUGAAAUAUUA